AUGAGCAGCCCUAGACCACACGACUUCUGGAUACAGAGAGAAGGGGCUCGAAAUGGGGAAUGGCACUGGCUCGCCGCAGACGCAAAUGACGUGGCAGAGUACUCUGGAUCUCUAUGGCGCCAAGUCAAAAGAGACCAAAUAACUGCAUCUUCAAGAGUAGAAUUACACGACGGCGUAACAGAAGACGCACUGAAGAUUAUAAUCAGCUCUAUUCCAAGCAAAGACGACGAUGGCGAUCUGCCUGCGCUCAGCAUCAGCGAUCGUGACCCGGAAUCUGGAUUUGAAGAGCUUCUCAGCCUCGCCAUUGCAUGUUGGAAAUAUGACUGUGCGAUACCCCCAACAUGCAAGAAGUUUGCAAAGGACUUUCAUAGAAAUUGGACGGUUUGGUACGGACAUGACUUCUUCGAGGGUGCAUCAGGAGUAGAUGUAGCGAAAGCUAUAAACUGGAUGUUCAUUGCGCUGGUGUUCGAGUGGGACAGAAUAUUUCGAAACACAUCUCGCUAUGUGGUUGUAAGGUAUAAACCUAAUGAUAAUAACAACAAUUUGCCGCAAGACUUCCAAGAACUCGUAGGCAGAACACGAAACCGGAAGAUGCAGCAAGCCUACUCUUUCGUACAAAAGUCAUGGAUGUCUUUUUACGAUCCCACAAACGAAAUGCUGAAUAAAAUCCACGCACACUUCCUGGGGAAAUUUGGGAUCCAACUGCAAGAUCCUCUGCCAGAUGAUAUGAACAAACAGGCCAAUCCUGACAUUCUUUUGGUCGAGAUGGCCGCAGUGGUGAAGAGCAACGAAGGGGAGGGGCCAAGGCUACCACAAUCUCCACUUGUUUACGAUGGACCCGGCCUCGGCAUCCAGUCUCAUGGUACCGGCAGGCAAGGUCUAUUCGCACCUGUUGCUGCGUCUGUUGGUCGCGACCUAAUGCAAAAAGCGAAGAAGGCCAUGAAAUCGGGACACACAGCCAGGAAACCGAGUAGCAGCAGUAGCGAAGAUUCUUGGAAGAAAACGCAGAGUCUCGAGAAGUCUAUGAAUGACUUUCGUACGAAAUCUCUUGACGGAAUACCUUUUCUAGACAAGGAUUAUCUGAAGCUUCGCAACAAGCACAUCAAGCCUUCCGUCUCCGCAGUGGUUCCUAAAAUCAAACGGCAAUGA